ACCCAUUUGUCAAAUAUGGCGACGCCCAGUAAACAGCGAAAAUUUUCAAAGGGAAAACAAGGAUCUAGCCCGAGUUCAACAAAAAAGAAAGUCCCCAUUGUUACAAAGAGUGAAGGAACUGUCAUCAACAUUGACCAGGACUCUAUAUCCAGCAUUUAUGAUGAGGAGUCCAGGGAUAGCCCUACGGCUACACAGAAAACACAAGUCUUCAAGCAGCCAAACUUUGUGCACUCCAGCAUUGGCACAUCGGCAAAUAAGAAGGCUCGUGCCUGGAAGAACCUGAAACAGAUUAUAACUGCAGAGCGGGCUUUACCCUGGGGCCCGGAUGAUACAACAUAUGGAAUGAUCGAUGCACCACCAUCAUUCAAACCGGCCGUGAAAUAUUCUGAUAUAUCUGGAUUAGCAGCUGCUUACACAGAUCCUCAAACAAAACUCCGCUACGCCAACACAGAUGAGUUUUCUCGGAUCAGGAUGAUGCCUGGUGACCUCAUCACGGGAUGUCUUGCGUUAAGGAAAGCGAACUCUGUGGUUUGAAGUAGUGUUUGAGUAAUUAGCACUAUGUGGUAAAAUGAAGAAAACACUGUGGUUUGAAGUAGUGUUUGAGUAAUUAGCACUAUGUGGUAAAAUGAAGAAAACACUGUGGUUUGAAGUAGUGUUUGAGUAAUUAGCACUAUGUGGUAAAAUGAAGAAAACACUGUGGUUUGAAGUACAUUGUAGUGUUUGAGUAAUUAGCACUAUGUGGUAAAAUGAAGAAAACACUGUGGUUUGAAGAAGUGUCUGAGUAAUUAGCACUAUGUGGUAAAAUGAAGAAAACAUUGUGGUUUGAAGAAGUGUCUGAGUAAUUAGAACUACAUGGUUAAAUGAAGAAAACACUGUGGUUUGAACAACUGUCCAAUUCCUAAGUACUACAUGGUUAAAUGAAGAAAAGCAAACACUGUGGUUUGAAGUAGUAACUGAGUAAUUAGCACUAUGUGGUAAAAUGAAGAAAACACUGGUUUGAAUUAGUAACAGAGUACUUAGUACUUAAUGGUAAUAUGAAGAAAAGCAAACACUGUGGUUUGAAGAAGAAUCGUAGUCCUCAGUACAAAAUGGUAAAAAAAGAAAGUUAUAGGCCAGCUUCAAAGUUCUUGGUAUUACUUUAGCAGCAGAUUUGUUGUUACGAAGAAGUGAUCUCACAGAUGUACUGAUUGUGCAGGGAUUCAAAGUUCUCGGAAUUGACUUUGACAGUGGACUUUUUCCUACAAGAAAGUGAUCUCAAAGCAUUACAGCCUAUGCAUGGCCUGUGAGGGAUUUCAGAAGAUUUUGGAAAUUAGGAGUCUUGUGAUCCUUAAUUUGAAAAUGUGAAGGGUCAAGGGAAAAUGUGAAGGGUCAAGGGAAAAUGUGAAGGUUCAAGGGAAAUAUUCCAUGGUCAGAAUGAUGAAAUAACACAAUUCUUUACUGAAUUAAUACUUUAUGCUUCAUAUAUUUUAAUUAUAUUAAGGUUAAUAUCUUAAUAACUUUACAAGUGUUUAAAGAUAUAUUACUUUCCGGUGAUUUGAAGAAUUAGGAUCUUAGAAAGCAAGUGCAUUCAAAUGAUGAAUGUCGGCCUAUUUUCUCAAGUCAACAAUUGAAAAAUUGCAAUUUGUCGGUAUUAAAAAGCAAGAUUUGACAUAUUCUGCCAAAGUUAACAAUGGAUACAAAUUUCCUUUUUUGAAUGAGCAAAAAUAUUUGGCUACACUUUCUUCAUUAUAAAUCCCAUAAAAAGCAAGUUAUGAAUAAUUCUUCCAAACAGACGAAAAUUUGGCUUAAAACUAAUUUGAGUUUUGGGAAUUCAUGCGCAUUGGGAAGGUCAUACAAAUAAAUGUAUUUGGUUGAAAACAAGCAAAAAAUAAUUUGGUUUAGGAAGUUAACGAAGUGCUAGUUGGUUAAACACCAGUUGUUGUGGUAAGAUCUUUUACCAUGAGCAUUAGAGAUACAGUUAGUAAAUGUAAGGGAAACAAUCUAACAUGAGUUGAACAGUAAACGAAAAUGGAAUUAAUAUCCACAAGUUAUAUUAUGUUACUUGUUGUACCAAAACUAGUUUAGGUAAGAAACUUAAUUCUUGAAAAAAAAUCUUAUGUAUUAGAUCACAACAAGGUUCUUAUUCAUACUGAGUUGUAUAAAACUAUGUAAUUUGAUCCAAAAAAUAGGAGUUUGUACACAUUUAAAAAUCAUGUUUUUGCAUCGUUGAUUAAUGUAAAACAUUGUUAUAUAUGUCUGUAUUUGCUUGUCAAACUUUCAUGAGAAAAUAAAACACACAAAAUUGA